UCUCUCUCUCUCUCUCUCUCUCUCCACGCAUAUCUUUUGGCAAAGUAGGGUUUCCACUGGGUGGCUUUUAUACAGGCGAUCGAAUAGCAAUAAGCCAUGGCUUCACCAGAGAGGGAUUGAGAGAGAGAGAGGAGAGAAGAGUGUGUUUUAGCUCAGGGCAACUCUGCAGGAACCGCACCCUAUUCCUCCAUAUAUGCCAUCCUUUUGUUCUUGAAUCUCGAUUCAGUUCUACAGCAGGAGAGAUAGAAAAUUAGAGAGAGAAAGAGAAAAGAAUGUUCCCGUCCAAGAAGCCAACUAUGAAUUCACAUGAGAGGCCUAUGUGUGUCCAAGGCGACUCCGGCCUUGUCCUCACCACCGAUCCCAAGCCCCGCCUUCGGUGGACCGUCGAGCUCCAUGAUCGCUUUGUCGAUGCCGUCACCCAGCUCGGAGGACCCGACAAGGCCACACCAAAGACCAUCAUGAGAGUCAUGGGUGUUAAGGGUCUCACUCUCUACCACCUUAAGAGCCAUCUUCAGAAAUUCCGGCUCGGAAAGCAACCACACAAAGAAUUCAACGAUCAGUCUGCUAAGAACGCUGCCCUAGAACUACAAAGGAACUCGGCCUCUUCAUCGGCGAUAAUGGGUCGCAACAUGAACGACAGGAACAUGCACAUGAAUGAUGCAUUCCGCAUGCAGAUGGAAGUCCACAGAAGGCUGCACGAGCAAUUAGAGGUGCAGAAACACCUUCAGAUGCGGAUCGAGGCGCACGGGAAGUACAUGCAGAACAUAUUGGAGAGAGCGUACCAGACGCUCGCGGCCGAGAGCAUGGUUUCGGGUGGCUACAAAGGUCAAGCAAGUCGAGGAGUUCCCGACAUGGGUGCCGUGAAAGAAAUGGGUUCUCCAGUGAGCUACCCCUCUCUCCAGGACCUCCACAUAUACGGUGGGGAUCAGCUGGAGAUGCAGCACCAAAUGGAGAGGCCCCUCGACGGGUUGUUCCCCACCGACGACAGCAUUAUGAGCAAGAAGAGGUCUAAUCCGUACCAUUCCAACGGGAAGGGUCCAUUGAUUUGGGCUGACGACCUUCGCCUACAAGAACUGGGAUCGACUGCGGCAUGCAUCGUAUCACAGGAAGAACCACCACCAUCCAAGAGCGAGCAGCUUCAGAUAGCGUCGUCAGUGAUCGACACCGGCAUCGAUGCGGAUUCCAUAGCAAAUGUUUACGAGGCCAAGCCUAUUCUCUCGAUGGACAGCUCUAGGGAGAAGAAGUACGAUGGAAGAACUUCCAAGCUCGACAGGCCGUCUCCGAGAAGAGAUCCUCUUCCCAUGGAGAUGAUGAAUCCCAUGAUCACGGGCGGUGCAAUGCCCCAAGCAAGGAACUUGUCAUAUGGAUUUUGUUAAGAUGAUAGAUACAUCGGUAUUAUGCCAGUCGGAUAGAUCGAAGCAUUGCCCCACUUCAUGUUAUGAUGAGGAAGAGUACGUGAGUGUCUCUUUACCCAUGGACAGCCACAACUGGGAGCAUUCUCGGAGGAGGACUUGUGGCUCGGAGACCCCUCUAAAAAGCAGCAAAAGAGAUACAAGCGGCUCACUGGAUCUAACACAAUUUCCAACCCUCUUCUUGUUGGCUCGUUCUUUUGAUUCUCCUGAGAGUCAGUGCAUGACCCUUUCCUACCAUCGUUACAAGCAAAUAACCUGCGGAGGUUGAUAUCGAUGCCAACGACGACAGCACAUAAAUCCACAGACAUGGACGGGGCUUCCUUUUUCGAGCUGAGGCAGACAAAUAGCAUCAUCGCCUCUUAUUCCUUUCUCUUUCUUUUUCCCAUUCCAUUAGAAGAACACCGACUGCCAACUACUGUUCCACCUCAUGACGAUCUAGUGCAUGUAAGAGCAUAUAAAAAUGGUUUCUAGUA